ACAGAGAGAAAGAAAGAUCACACCACCAUGGCGGCGAUGGCUAUGUCAUCCCUCCUCCUCCACCCCAACUCCGGCCACCACAAACGACCCAUCUACAAAAUUACCAAACUACCCUCCCGAAAACCCUUUUCAUGCAAAAGCAGCCUCCUCAACCCCACCAAAAUCCAAGAUCAAAACUACAAGCUUUCUUGGAUAAACGAGAUCCAAGAAGCGUACCCCUCCGCCGCCGCCGGUGGGGAAUAUUCCGACGAGGAAUUUCAAGAACUGGUGGACCGGCGGUGCGUGGACAAUGUGAGGAUGCUGAUUGUUGACUCGGUGCAGAGGGCAAAAGCGGGUCACCCGGGGAUGGCUCUGGGCAUGGCUGACGUGGCAUACUUCUUGUACAGACACGUGUUCAGACACAAUCCCAUGAAUCCCACGUGGUUUAAUAGGGAUAGGUUUGUCCUGAGCGCCGGCCAUGGCUGCUUGCUUCAGUACGUUUGCCUUCAUCUUGCUGGCUUCCACUCUGUUAAGAUCGAAGAUCUCCAACGACUAUGCCAACUUGGCAGUCGGACUCCAGGUCACCCCGAGAACACGGUGACAGCUGGCAUUGAAGUUACAACAGGCCCUCUUGGACAAGGAGUAGCAAAUGCAGUUGGAUUUGCUCUAGCAGAAGCACACUUAGCUGCUAGGUUCAAUAAACCCGAUGUUGCCAUCGUAGAUCAUCGAACGUAUUGCAUUAUGGGCGACGGGUGUGCGAUGGAAGGCAUAUCUAACGAAGCCGCAUCAUUAGCGGCACAUUGGAAGCUCAAUAAGCUCACUUUGAUUUACGACGACAAUAAAAAUACUAUCGACGGGCCCACGGACCUCGCGUUUACCGAGGAUGUAACACUAAGGUUCAAGGCAUUGGGAUGGAAUACAAUUACGGUGGACGCCACUCAUAGCAAUAUGAGUUCAUUCAAGAAUGCACUUUUGGAUGCUUUUAACGAGACUCAAAGACCGACUCUUAUCCGAGUGAAGACGUGUAUAGGCAAAUUGUCGAAGAAGGAAGGGACAUCGAAAGCUCAUCACGGAAUCUUCGAUGAAGAAGACGAGAAGCAAAUGAAAGAAAAGGUUAAAUGGGGUACUCGACAACCGUUUUAUGUCAUUCCUAUGUUACAUAGGGAAAUGCAAGUUCAAGCGGGCCGAGGAGAAGAAUUAGAGAAGGAGUGGCACUCGAAAUUGAAUUACUAUCAAAGUAAAUACCCGCAAGAAGCCGCGGAAUUCAAGUGUCUUCUCUAUGGUGGAAUGAUUCCGGGAUGGGAGAAUUCAUUACCGAAAUGGUCCACAUCCGAUGCCGUGGACGCCACUAGAGGGUACUCCGAGAAGUGCUUAAACAACCUCGCGAAAGUGCUCCCGGGCCUCAUCGGGGGUAGCGCGGACCUCGCCUCGUCGAAUAAAGUCCAUCUACACGACUACCAAGAUUUUCAAAACCCCGUUUCUCCGUGGGGCCGGAAUAUCCGGUACGGUGUUCGAGAGCACGCAAUGGCCGGAAUUUCAAACGGCAUAGCGUUGCACGGCGGUGGACUAAUCCCGUUCGCCGCAACAUUCCUCACAUUCUCCGACUACAUGAAAAACUCCAUUCGACUCUCCGCACUAAGCCACGCGGGAGUCAUCUACAUCAUGACCCACGACUCGAUCGGGUUAGGAGAAGACGGGCCGACCCAUCAGCCCGUGGAGCAUCUCGUGGGUCUCCGGGCCAUCCCACGUCUCCUUGUAUUCCGGCCCGCUGACGGAAACGAGACCGCCGGAGCGUAUAGAGUGGCAGUAGCUAAUCGCGGCGCGCCAAGUGUCGUCGCGCUCUCGAGGCAGAAAGUGGCGGCGAAUUUGGAGGGAACUUCAGCCGAUGGGGUGGAAAGGGGCGGUUAUAUCGUGAGUGAUAAUUCUCUGGAUGAUCAUUUGCCCGAGAUUAUAUUGAUCGGCACCGGGUCGGAGCUUUGUCUAUGCGAGGGGAGCGCGCGUGUUUUGAGGAGAGAAGGGAGGAGAGUUAGGGUUGUUUCCCUCGUUUGUUGGAGGCUUUUCGAUAGGCAAGGGGUUGAGUAUAAAGAGCGCGUGCUGCCACCUGGCGUGACGAGGCGAGUGAGCGUGGAAGCGAGGUCCACAAUCGGGUGGAGGGAGUACGUGGGGCCAGAGGGGGUGGUUGUUGGGGUGGAUGAGUUUGGGGCAAGUGGAGCAUAUUUGGAUACUUUUAAGAAGUUUGGUUUUACUGAAGAGAAUGUAACUAGAAUAGCAAAGAAUUUGCUCUCAAAAUAAACACGAAGUCCCUCCUUGUUUUUUUUAUUGCGUAAAAACCCCUCUCGUGUUUUAUUUACUUUGAACGGGAUUCCUUUUUCCAAAAAAAGGUUAAUGUCGUUAACUAUAGAGG